AUGCAAAUCUUCGUCAAGACUCUCACUGGUAAGACUAUCACUCUUGAAGUCGAAUCCAACGACACCAUCGAGAACGUGAAGAGCAAGAUCCAAGACAAGGAAGGAAUCCCUCCUGAUCAACAACGUUUGAUCUUUGCAGGAAAGCAAUUGGAAGACGGAAGAACAUUAUCCGACUACAACAUUCAAAAGGAAUCCACUCUCCACUUGGUCUUGAGAUUGAGAGGAGGUAUGCAAAUCUUCGUUAAAACCUUGACCGGAAAGACUAUUACUCUUGAGGUUGAGUCCAAUGAUACCAUUGAAAACGUUAAAUCCAAGAUUCAAGACAAGGAAGGUAUUCCACCUGAUCAACAACGUUUAAUUUUCGCUGGUAAACAAUUAGAAGACGGAAGAACCCUCUCUGAUUACAACAUUCAAAAGGAAUCCACUCUCCACCUUGUGCUCAGACUCAGAGGUGGUAUGCAAAUUUUCGUCAAGACUUUGACUGGAAAGACCAUCACAUUGGAAGUUGAAUCCAAUGAUACUAUUGAAAAUGUCAAGUCUAAGAUCCAAGAUAAGGAAGGAAUCCCACCUGACCAACAAAGACUUAUCUUUGCAGGAAAGCAGCUCGAAGAUGGUAGAACCUUGUCCGAUUAUAACAUUCAAAAGGAAUCAACCUUGCACUUGGUUUUGAGAUUGAGAGGUGGUAUGCAAAUUUUCGUCAAAACUCUCACUGGUAAAACCAUUACUUUGGAAGUUGAGUCUAACGAUACCAUCGAGAACGUGAAGAGCAAGAUUCAAGACAAGGAAGGUAUUCCUCCAGAUCAACAAAGAUUGAUUUUCGCUGGUAAACAAUUAGAAGACGGAAGAACCCUCUCUGAUUAUAACAUCCAAAAGGAAUCCACUCUCCACCUUGUGUUGAGAUUAAGAGGUGGUUCUAAUUAA